UGAGCUAAUUCUCUCUGACAAGAAGCCGUAGGAGAACUUUUGAAAUUAAGCCUUCAUUUUGAUACUUGCACUAAUGCCUGCAAACUACACUGCAAAUGACUGACCCUUCUCAGGCAGACAGCGCAAGUCAGAUGUUGCCCCUGUGACUGAUUUGCGUAAUGCGCCUCAUUGCUUGAGGAAUCCCAGGGGGAGAAAGAACCCAGGUUCCCUGAUAAGACGUGUCCCAGGAGAGAGCAGUGGGGUCCUGGAAGGGAAAGCAGCUGCUGAAUGGCAGGAGUAGAGCAGGAGUCACAGCUUAGGGAAGGUAAAGCACCAGCACUGGAAGACAGGAGAUGGCUCCUGAUGGGGGACAGAGAGCAGACAGAGCAGUGGCAGCAAGUCCAGACUUGCUGAGAGGCAGAUUGCCCUCUCCCAGACAGCCCCUCUAGCUCUUUUUCGUUCUGCCGGUGGUCCCUGCUAAAGCAUCUCAAGUGAGCCCAGGCUCUCUGUGCCCCGGCUGAGCGCUGCCCGCCUGUGCUCUCGGCUCGGCGCUGCGCAGGCAGCGCUCCCUAGCAACCCGCGAGUGCACGGGGGAGCUGCAGCUGCCUGUUUUGGGAAUCCUCGCUGGCGGUUUUCAGUCUCUGGGCUGGGAGGAGGUGGAGGGCGGAAUAAGGGAAGAAGCUGGAAGACUGCUGCUGGAAGACUGCUGCCUGAGCACUGGGGAACACACACACAGCCGGUGGCCACUCUGUGAAACUACAGAGUAACAAACCUGUACACCCAGCAGCUACGCUCCUGUCCUACUCACAAUCUGCCUGCCUCACGUCCUCGAACGUGCUUCCUUUGCCACAGGGUAGGGAACUUCCACAGCACCCCAUAUCCUUCCUCUCCCAUUCCCUCACACACACAUUUGCUGAAGAAUUGCAGCAGUUCUGUGCCCUGGUAUGGAGUGAGAGCAGUGGAGAGCUUUCAUCUGAAAGCUGGGAAAAAAACAGCCAGAAAGACAAGUGUAACACACUGCAGCAUGUGGUUUACUUAAUGUUGUUUAGUGUUAAUUAUUUAUGAUAAUUCAUGAUUUUCCCCAGUAUAUUGCCUAAUGAUACUUGUCAUUGUAACAACAGUUAAUAAACAAUUCCCAGGUUUGCAGGCAACCAGACCUACUGCAUUAUAAUGAAAAAUGCCUACAAUUUGCUUUUAAAUAUUGUUAUUAUUAUUAACCUACCCUUUCCAGCAUUAAUUUUCCAUGGAUUUCUGCAUUUCACUGUUUCCUUUCCGCUCCCCUUCCUGCCCUUGCUCUCCCAUUAAGCUCAAAACAGUGACAUGUGUGCUCAUUCACUAACUGUACACAAGUGCUACUGUACUAUCGCAAUGUGUUAUAAAUAGCACAGAUUGAGGAGUACAGUUCAUUCUGAAAAACUAUCUUUAGAGAUGACCUUUGAAACUCUUAACUGUUUCUUUCCUGUUUUUCACAGCAUGCUCUGGAUUGUGAUGCUCUUAAUUUGGUGCAGUUUAUUAAUUACAAAAGAGCGUAAAGGCUAAGGAGUAAGCACAGGAUUUGAACAAUGAAGUGGAUAAUUAAAAUGGAUUAAUGAGGUGGAUAAAAUAAAGGGAUUGAGGCCAAAUGGAGCACAAAUUUUCUAAACAUUGGCCCUGAAACUCUUAUCAUCCAAAGGCACAUUCCUCUUUCCAGCUAGAUGUCUGUUUCUUAUUCAGAAAUGUCAGUCAUCUUUCAUGCCAGGUUUAUUAAUAUGGUCCCAGGAGAGCUGAGCAUCAUCUAGUGUCUACUUCUGUGGCCCUAAGUUCCCCAGCUGCUUUGCUUUCAACUCUGCACCUGUUUGCACUAAUAAGUCAAAAACCACCCCAAAAGCAGGUCGCAGAUUAUACUAAUCCUGUGUGUCUGCAAGGCAGUGAAAUGGUUUCAAGUAAACAGGGAGAAAGAUGGGGGAAGAGAAGGGCUUGGCUCGGAUUGUGAAGCAGUAAAUCCUGCCUAAUCCAUCUGUAAUGCUCCUUGACCAAUGCCAUUCACGUGCAAGGACUCCUCUAUGGGAAUGUUUGGGGCUCAAAAUAUCCUAAAAUGUCUGGUGGAGUUGUGCCUGUCAAUGCGUGGGUUUUAUUUCCCCCUCCUUCCUUCCAAGCUUCAGUGAUUCCACCUCAGAUUUAUCCAAGAGAGCCGUGCAGGCUCCUCCGGGGUGGAGGUGUGACCCAGCACCGUGCCAGCCGUGUGACCAGCACGCGUUUAUCGCUGCAAUUGCUUACGUGUAUUGGAUACACAUCGUCUCUCUGGGGCCUCGGCUGCCCCGCCGCUUCCAGAAUAUUCCGCGUUGUGUUGCGGAGGGCGGCAGGAGGCUGCAGCAGCCGGACAAACGCGUGUUGCCGCGUGGCCUUUCUUCCUACCUCGCCUUUGCCGCAGCAGCACCGCCCGGCCCGCUGCGGACUGAACAGCGGCGUAAAGCGGCUCGUACCUAAGGAAUGACGGGGAGCGUUAUUUUUUAUUUUGCCAUUUUUGGCGUGACUUCGGGCGGAGUCUCGUUACGCGGCACGGGCCGCCUCAGGCGGGCGCUCGGCACGGGCCGUGCCUGCCCCCUGGCGGCGCCUGCGCGUCCCGCCGGGCCCGCACCCCGCCGUGCCCUGCACAGCCGCGCCGAUAGGAAAUCCUGCCAGCUCUUCCUGCUGCCCGCCCCGCUCUCCUUGCACAUUGACCCGCGUCCUCCGCCUCUGAGGGAGACUUCCCUGCCGUCCUCCAGCCCGCCGUGAGCCUCGCUGCCGCGCCGCUGUGCCGUGCCCGCCCUGACGCCUGCUCAGUGCUGGUGACACGCGGUGACAGCUGCCAUGGAAGUGCUCGCAGCUGAGCCGUCACCCUGACACAGCUGCGGCCAGAGCAGCAGCUCCCACCAGACCAUGUCCCUGCACACUUGGACGCACACCUGCAACCGGUGAGGUUUCCAGAGAGUUUUGCUCUCCUCUAUAAACUUCCAGCCCUCUGCAGUUGCCUCUGCCCUCUUCAACCUCUCCUUUUGCUUUUUUUCCCCCCUCCCUUCUGGAACCUUCAUUCUCCGCUGCCGCAGAUGGUUGUUAGCCCAGGCCUUGCUCCCUCCUGCCGCUCACAGGGCAGUCGGUGUCGGCAGGUGGUGGAUUAAAGCUUUCACUAAUUUCUGUGUAUCUUCUUGUCUUUUCCUUAAGUAUUAUCUCAGCCCCUGCAUAUUCCACUCUGAAAAUCCAUGAAAGCACGGGGAUUCGAGACUCAUGACAAAUGUGACGGCUGGUUAUAAUACCCAGUUAAACAGCCUUCCACACAGUUGCAGUUGUAGUGCGAUAUCAAGCCCAGUAAGGAAGGAUUUACUGUGUUGGCCAUUUCCGUAUUCAAGGCGUUUCUCAAUGAGCUGUAACGUUUCAGGUUGUUCGAGCGCUGUCCGCUCUGUUCUCAUCGCUCCGUGCGCAGGGCAGGCCCUGCCGCGCCGGGGGGUGGGAGCCAUCGGCGGCUCGGCCGUCGGCUUCGCGCCCUCCGCUCGCGGGCUCGGUGGGAUCGGCGCUCGCUCGGCCGCCGCCAGGGCUGGGCGAGGGGAGAGGCAAGAUGGCGGACAAGGCGCCCGGCGGCUCGCAGAAACCCGCCGGGAAGGUCAGAGGGCCAGAUGCAGUACAUACCACUGGAUCUGCUGAUUCACAUCCUCUAAUGGAAAGUAAACUUAAAGCAUUCAGUAUUGGCAAAAUGAGUGCUGCCAAACGGACUCUGAGCAAGAAAGAGCAAGAAGAAUUAAAAAAGAAGGAGGAUGAGAAGGCUGCUGCAGAAAUUUAUGAAGAAUUCCUUGCUGCCUUUGAAGGAGGUGAUGGUAAUAAAGUGAAAACAUUUGUAAGAGGAGGAAUCGUAAAUGCAUCUAAAGAGGAGCAUGAAACAGAUGAAAAACGGGGUAAAAUCUAUAAGCCUUCAUCACGAUUCUCAGAUCAAAAAAAUCAACCAAGUCAGCCAUCUAAUGAGAAACCUCCAUCCCUCCUAAUGAUAGAAACCAAAAAGCCUACCCUCCCCAAAAACAAAAACAAACAAACAACUUUGCCUGGGCCUUUGAAGAAAGGAGAGAAGGAAAAGAAAAAGAGUAAUUUGGAACUUUUUAAAGAAGAAUUAAAGCAAAUCCAAGAGGAGCGUGAUGAAAGGCACAAAACAAAAGGUAGAUUGAGUCGUUUUGAACCACCCCAGUCUGAUUCAGAUGGGCAGCGGCGUUCAAUGGAUGCUCCUUCAAGAAGAAACAGAUCAUCUGUACUGGAUGAUUAUGCACCCGGGUCGCAUGAUGUUGGAGAUCCAAGCACAACAAAUUUGUAUCUGGGAAACAUCAAUCCUCAGAUGAAUGAAGAGAUGUUAUGUCAAGAAUUUGGCCGCUUUGGACCAUUAGCAAGUGUUAAAAUUAUGUGGCCAAGAACUGAUGAAGAAAGAGCAAGAGAAAGAAAUUGUGGCUUUGUUGCCUUUAUGAACAGAAGAGAUGCAGAAAGAGCAUUGAAGAAUUUAAAUGGCAAGAUGAUUAUGUCUUUUGAAAUGAAGCUGGGCUGGGGCAAAGCUGUUCCUAUACCACCACAUCCAAUCUACAUUCCGCCUUCCAUGAUGGAGCACACCCUGCCGCCGCCCCCCUCAGGACUGCCUUUCAAUGCCCAGCCUAGGGAGAGGUUGAAGAAUCCUAAUGCUCCAAUGUUGCCACCACCAAAAAACAAGGAAGAUUUUGAGAAGACUCUGUCGCAAGCCAUAGUCAAAGUGGUUAUCCCAACAGAAAGGAAUUUGCUCGCUUUGAUACAUCGAAUGAUAGAGUUUGUGGUUCGGGAAGGGCCCAUGUUCGAAGCCAUGAUCAUGAACCGAGAAAUCAACAACCCAAUGUUCAGGUUUUUAUUUGAAAACCAGACUCCAGCCCAUGUGUAUUAUAGAUGGAAGCUUUAUUCAAUUCUUCAGGGGGAUGCUCCAACCAAGUGGAGGACGGAAGAUUUCCGUAUGUUCAAAAAUGGAUCCUUCUGGAGGCCACCACCAUUGAAUCCAUACUUGCAUGGGAUGUCAGAAGAGCAAGAAACGGAAGCGUUUGUGGAGGAGCCGAACAAGAAGGGUGCACUUAAGGAAGAACAGAGGGACAAACUAGAGGAAAUUCUACGUGGGUUAACACCUCGGAAGAACGACAUUGGUGAUGCAAUGGUUUUCUGUCUAAAUAAUGCAGAAGCUGCUGAAGAAAUUGUGGACUGCAUUACAGAGUCAUUGUCCAUCCUCAAGACUCCUCUUCCUAAGAAGAUUGCAAGAUUGUAUCUAGUGUCAGAUGUGUUAUACAACUCUUCAGCUAAAGUUGCCAAUGCUUCCUACUAUAGAAAAUUUUUUGAAACAAAAUUAUGUCAGAUAUUCUCUGAUCUCAAUGCUACUUACCGUACAAUACAAGGCCAUUUACAGUCUGAAAAUUUCAAGCAACGGGUGAUGACAUGCUUCCGAGCAUGGGAAGACUGGGCAAUCUAUCCAGAACCAUUUCUGAUCAAACUACAGAAUAUUUUCUUGGGGCUUGUAAAUAUCAUGGAAGAUAAAGAAACAGAGGAAGUACCAGAUGAUCUUGAUGGUGCUCCCAUUGAGGAAGAGCUCGAUGGUGCUCCACUAGAAGAUGUGGAUGGAAUUCCUAUUGAUGCUGCUCCUAUUGACGAUCUGGAUGGAGUCCCAAUUAAAUCACUGGAUGAUGAUCUUGAUGGAGUUCCUUUGGAUACAACUGAAGACUCAAAAAAGAAUGAGCCUAUAUUUAAAGUUGCCCCUUCAAAGUGGGAAGCAGUGGAUGAAUCGGAACUGGAAGCUCAAGCCGUUACUACUUCUAAGUGGGAGCUUUUUGACCAACAUGAAGAAUCUGAGGAGGAGGAAAUUCAAAAUCAAGAAGAAGAAAGUGAAGAUGAAGAAGACACACAGAGUUCUAAGUCAGAAGAACAACACAUGUAUUCCAAUCCUAUUAAAGAGGAAAUGCCUGAAUCCAAGUCAUCAGUCAAAUACUCAGAAAUGAGUGAAGAAAAGCGUGCCAAACUCAGAGAGAUAGAGCUUAAGGUGAUGAAGUUUCAGGAUGAGUUAGAGUCUGGGAAAAGACCCAAGAAGCCAGGCCAGAGUUUUCAGGAACAGGUUGAACACUAUAGAGACAAGCUGCUCCAGAGGGAAAAAGAAAAAGAGAUGGAAAGAGAACGGGAUAGAGACAAAAAGGACAAGGAAAAGUCUGAGACCAGGUCCAAAGAUAAGAAGGAAAAAGAGGAAUGUACACCAACACGAAAAGAGAGGAAAAGGCGGCACAGCGCUUCCCCCAGCCCGUCCCGCAGCAGCGGCAGCCGCCGGGCCAAGUCGCCCUCGCCCAAAUCCGAGCGCUCCGAGCGCUCCCACAAAGAGAGCUCCCGCUCCCGCUCCUCACACAAAGAUUCUCCCAGAGAUGUCAGUAAAAAAGGCAAAAGGUCGCCAUCUGGCUCCAGGACACCCAAAAGAUCAAGAAGAUCACGAUCCAGAUCCCCUAAAAAGUCAGGGAAAAAAUCCAGGUCUCAGUCCCGUUCUCCUCACAGAUCUCACAAGAAGUCAAAGAAAAGCAAACACUGACAAUGUUAAUAUUUUUUAUGAUGCUGUCACUUACUGGAAAUGCGGUUUUGUUUUGUGCCUGAACAGUCUGUUUAAAAACAAAAAAGCAUUCCUGAUUAUUUUUUUUUUUGUGAAUGCACGUGUAUACUCAUGAGUAUCGGCAUCUGUAGACCUGUCAUUGUUUUAUAUUGUACAAAAUAUCUUCAUUGUGACUAUUUCCCAAAAGAAACAUUUUUGUGUUUAGAAGUUUCAUCAGAAAUGUGUGUAACUGAUCUGCUGGCAGUAGUGAUAUUUUGUUUUUAGAAUGUUGUGACAUAGCAGAAAUAACCCAAAUGUUCCCCCUUUUUGUAGCUUUGACAAUUUGAAUUAGAUUUCAAAUAAAAUCUGAACAGAAAAUGAA